AUACAGGAGAAGAGACCCAGAGACAGCUGAGACGGGGAGACAGAUCUCUCCUCGGGGCUCCGGACAGGAGGUGGGGGAGACCUGAGCUUGCCGACACCCCCUGGACCACCCCCAGGAAGGGAGGAAGGGACUUGGAGAAGUAACCUCACCUGAGCCUCAACUGCUCACUAGAAAUAAUUUCUGACCCUCAGCUCCUGGAACUGGACAAAGACCUUCUCGGAGAGGCAGGAAAAGCCCGGGCUUGGUCCACCAUGGGGAAGCAGAACAGCAAACUGGCCCCUGAGAUGCUGGACGACCUGGUGAGGAGCACGGAGUUCAGCGAACACGAGCUGAAGCAAUGGUACAAAGGCUUCCUGAAGGACUGCCCCACGGGCAUCCUCAACCUGGAUGAGUUCCAGCAGCUUUACAUUAAGUUCUUCCCGUACGGCGACGCCUCCAAGUUCGCCCAGCACGCCUUCCGCACCUUCGACAAGAACGGGGACGGCACCAUCGACUUUCGGGAGUUCAUCUGCGCCCUCAGCGUCACCUCUCGGGGCAGCUUCGAGCAAAAGCUCAAUUGGGCCUUCGAGAUGUAUGACCUGGAUGGGGACGGCAAGAUCACGCGCCUGGAGAUGCUGGAGAUCAUCGAGGCCAUCUACAAGAUGGUGGGCACCGUCAUCAUGAUGCGGAUGAACCAGGACGGACUGACCCCCCAGCAACGUGUGGACAAGAUCUUCACCAAGAUGGACAAGGACCGAGAUGACCAGAUCACCCUGGAGGAGUUCAAGGAGGCGGCCAAGAGUGACCCCUCCAUCGUCCUCCUGCUCCAGUGCGACAUGCAGAAAUAGAGGCCCCGGGGCGGGGGUCCCUCCCCGGACCAGUCUCUGUUCCCUCCCUAUCCUCCCUGACCCUUCGAUGUUUCCCCUUCCGCUCCCCUCCCCGCACGCUCAGGCCCGGGCUGGGGGCAGGUGAGAGUGCGGAGGGCCAGGGUCUCCCCGUGGACCAGGCAGAUCCCUCCCUCUGUCUCUUUCAAAUCUUCCCGAAGCCUCGUGCCGCCCCUGCCCCUCCGUGGUCCCGGGCCUAGAAGUAUCGCCCGAGAAUGGCCAACCUCCCUGGCCUCCGGGGACCAAGGUCAACGUUCGCCCAGGCAUGCCCAUGGCAGGGCUGCCUGAAGUCCACGUGAAAGCACUCCCUCACCUCCCUCACCCUGGCGCCACUGCCCUGGCUCCCCAGCCUCCCAGUGACUGCCCCCCGCCAGAAGCGUGGCUUGGACCGUGGCCUGAACUGGUCUUCCGCCCCAGUGUUGUUUCUCCCCGCUCCGGGUAAGGGGACCAGGAGGGGCAGAGAGAGCUAGGGGGGACCCGCUGCCCAGGAGAGCUGGCGGGGAGGGGCUUGGACCCCCUGCCCAGGAGAGCCGGGGGCGCGGGGCUCGUGCUUUGACUGAUGUUGCUGUUCUCGGGGAAGGGCCCUCUGUGUCCACAAAUGCACAUUCAUUUUGAUUUUAAUGUUUUCAGGUGAUUAAACUGCAUGGGAACUGAGCUCAGCUGUGACCUUUAACAGCGCAGAGAGAAGUGACUAACCCAGCAGUGGGCAAGGGGCAAAACCUGAGAUGGGGAACUGCCCGAACCCCCCUUUCUGAGACUCGCGGACCCUUGCGUGGCCCCUGGCAGUUGAGUUAUGGAUUCUGAUGUUCUGGGGUUGGAAGUGGAGGGGGGCUCUGUUGUGGACCACCUCCGGGCUCUGCAUCGGCCCAGGGAGGGCCCCAGGGGCGAAGAGGGACAUACACCUAUUUGUCAGAGGCAGGACUAGAGGGGAAGGGGUCCUGGGGCCUUAAGAGGAGGCUCAGGAAUGGUUGGGAUCCAGGCUGGAAAGGGAGGAGGAGGAUGGGGAUGGGGAACCCCCGUACCCCCCAACACACCCCCAUACACAGCCUCUGCCAAGCCCCUCUCCCUAUCCUGGGUGGCCAAGGCUGGGGUUAGUCAUGCAGGUUGGAUGCCGGCCCUCGGAUCCAUUGGAAUUGGGAACCCUCCUUGGGGAAAGAGCUUGGGAUCUUCUCAAAGCCGCUAAAAAAUGGGAAGGGGAGGAGGCUGGGGCGGCUGACUCCAGACAAGGGAAGUUGGAGGCCUCAGUGUUGCAGGGAGGUCUGGAAGAAGCCCAUUUCUUAGACGGCACCAAUAAAGGUGGUUCGCAGGCAUCGGGGGCUGUGGGUUGUAUUGAGGACUCUCCCCAUCUCCCCUCAACUCCCGGUGUGCUCUGCCCUGAGACGUGACGAUGACCUGCUCUCCCACGGGGUCCUUGAACCUCCCCCUGGGCUAAGCUGAUUCCCUGGGUCCCCCCGAGUGCCACCAGGGGAAUAAUAAUAAUAAUGAUGGCAUUUAUUAAGCACUUACUAUGUGCAAAGCACUGAGUGGGCCCCCAAACCUCCUUGCACAAGAGUGGGGGGCCCAGUGAGUGGCAGGUGGGGAGGCAGGGAUCGAGGGUCCCCCAGCUGGAACUCUGAAAUUCCUCGAGGCCUAGAUUUUGUCUCAGGCCGUGGUGAUGGGGAAUCUUGGACGGGGAAUGAGAAGAAACUCAUCAAAUGGCAGUAGCAAUGGGAGACCAGAAGAAGCCCCUCAAGGUCCACCUCCCAGCUGGAGGGGAUGCAGAGCGGUAGGUGUGUCUCCUCUGAGCUAUUGGUUUUCCUAAAAGUCUCCCUGGGCCGGCCCAGACCCCUCCCCAGCUUGGUGUUCAAGUUCACAGCUGUGUUUUCAGUUGACUCUUUGUGCUUGGAUUUUCAUCCUCACUGGUAGAAAAGUGGAGUUGUUCUAUUUUUUUAACUAAAAAAACCCCCAAUAAAACGUGCCUGACACA